CAGACGUAUAAGUGAUAUGCUUGAGAGUUGCUGUCUGAGUAGCGCUACAUAACUUCCACGUCAUUGAUUUCUCCGUGUGUGGAAUACACUUUUCAACCUGUACUCCGAGUAAGGGAACUCGCGUCCUGGUUGGGGAUGUCAACCGUGGCUCUUCUUCAGAUGUAUUGGGGCGGCAUGUGCAUGUAUUUUCGUGACAUAACUACCCUUGGGAAAGCAGGAGUUGUCUUCUUGGCAUCAGCGUCUCUACUGACAUUCCUACACAAGUUAACGUACAGGAACAAAUCUAUCCCUGGUCCCUGGGGGCUACCUUUAAUUGGCCAUCUGCCUUUUCUUGGUAAAAAGCCAUUUCUGACUUUUAUGAACAUGAGAAAGAUCUAUGGAGAUCUCAUCAAGUUGCAGUUUGGAGCAUGGCCAACAGUAGUGAUCCACGGGAAGCUGAUCAAGGAGGCGCUUUCUACCAAAGGUGAUGCUUUCUCUGGUCGACCACAGUUCUUCUCAUCAGUGUCCGUUCAAAAUGGCAAAAGUCUAUCUUUCGGAAAAUUCGACAUAUCCUGGAAAUUGCACAGGCGCAUAGCAAAUAAAUCCUUCCAAGCAUUCGCUAAUGCACGAAGCAAUCCUAUUGAAGAAAUUAUAAACGAGGAGGUGAGCUAUAUUUUGGAGGAGUUUGAGAGGUACAACGGCCGAGCGUUUGAUCCACACGAUCACAUUUACAUUGCAUUGGGGAGUGUGAUAUAUCAGAUCUGUUAUGGAAGGAAAGGCAAUGUCAGGGCAGACAAGGACUUCUGUGAGUACAUUCUGCACACUCAGGACUUCUCUACAUUCGUUACUGCUGGGAAUCCAGUUGAUAUUUUCCCAUGGUUACGGCAUUUCAUGAAGGAGAGGAUCAACAAGUUCAAAGAUCUUCUAUCGAAGGGACAUCUGAUCCGCAGAGAAAGGAUUCGGGACCACCUGGAAACAUUCUCCUCUGAUAAUCUCCGGGAUGUUGCAGACAGUCUAAUUAAUGAGUCAAGACAAUUAACAGAAGAGGACAAGGCAAAUGGUAUGAGUGAAGAACGGGUUCAGGAUACAAUUGGAGAUCUGUUUGCUGCUGGGUUUGAUACAGUGGCUACUACGACUAUGUGGACAAUGCUUCUUCUUGCGAAGACCCCGCGAGUCCAAAAGAAAAUACAGGAGGAGCUAGACGCUGUCGUUGGUAUGUCCAGACGUCCAACCUUGGCCGAUAGACGUAAUUUGGUGUACACCGAAGCAACCAUUCAUGAAAUUCUACGCAUCAUCAACCUCACACCGCUGUCUACACCGCAUGCAACCACUGAGGAUGUGGAACUGGCUGGGUACACCAUCAAGAAGGAUACUCUGGUGUUUCUUAAUCUGUUUUCAUUGAGUCAUGAUGAGGAGGUGUGGGGAGACCCCGAGGCAUUCCGACCAGAGCGUUUCUUGAAGGAGGAUGGCCAGAUUGACUCUCGUCUCGUGGACAACUAUCUUCCUUUCUCUGCAGGACGUCGACGAUGCAUGGGAGAGUUCCUAGCAAGGAUAGAGCUCUUCUUAAUCAUUUCAGGUUUUCUACAAAGAUGUACUUUUGUCAAACCUAAAGAUGUGGAUGAGUACACCAUGGAUUGCACAUUCGGCUUGAACCAGAAACCUCUUCCUUACAAAGUAGAGGUCCAAUUUAGGAUGUAGAAAACCCUUCAUUUCUGGUUUUCUACAAUGAAGUGCACAAUUACAUUAUCAACUGUAACUUCGAAUUUGACCAGAUUCAUCUUCGUUGUAAGUUGCGGUCCAAUUCUGUACAUAGUGGUGUGUAACAAUACUAUUUAGACAGAAAGAUGAUUUCAAUUACUUUUCUUGGCAAUCUCAUUAAAAUCAGACCUUAGUUCUCGCUACCGCUAAACAAAGAUCUGAGGACAUCCCAUUAUGCGUCACGUCAGACCGACCUUGCGCGAACUUUUACCGACCAAUAGAA